ACAUUCAGGGUAAUUUUCUCUAAACUAUUUACCCUCCAAAAGCCGAAGCCUAGUGGCAUUUCAGUUUGGAACAAUUCUUUUGAGGAACAAAUAAACAAAAGGGAAGAGAGGGAAAGUUGUGUUUUCUCUACUACAUUGAUACUGAACACCAAUUGUCUGACUGUUCAUAACCAAAAUCAAGAUUCUCAAAUCCCAUUAGCAAAAUUAGAGAUAUGGAGAAUAGUAAAGAGGAAAAUGUUGCUUUUCUUGAUCGUACUUCUCGUGCUACCAGAGGCAAACGGAUGACCAGAUUGUUGGAUGAUGAAUUAGAAGAGGAUGAACUUUUCUGGAAUCAAGAAGCUCUUAAAGAUGAAGAGAAUGACAUUGAAUAUGAAGAGGAAGGGGAAGCUGUUGAUGUUUUCGACAGUGACUUUGAUGAAGAUGAACCCGAGCCUGAUGAUGAAGGAGAAAAGGAACCAGAUGAGAGGGAACGGACCAAAAAGCGAUUGAUCCCUCCAGGAAGACCAUCUGCAAAGAAGAAAAAGAAAAAGAAAAACCUUACCAAGUCAGAAAAGGAACCCCAAGAAAAUGAAGAAGCUCCAGAUCAGUCCACCCCUUCUGAACAUCAUGAUGCUCAUGAUGAUACUGAAGCAGAAAGAACAAUUAGGAAAUCAACAAGAACAGCUGUCAUUGUAAAGCAAGCUGAAAGGGAAGCCAUUUGUGCAGCCAUGCAGGCAACAAAGAAGCCCAUAAAAAGAAAAAAGGAAGGUGAGGAAAAGAAGAUGACUCAAGAAGAGAUGCUUCUCGAAGCAGCUCAAACAGAGGUCAUGAAUCUGAGGAAUUUAGAGCGGGUUUUAGCAAGGGAAGAAGAAGUCAAGAAAAAGGCCAUCGUGCAUAAAGCUGUUUAUACUGGCCCUCAGAUUCGAUACAUAUCCACAAAUGGUUCUACCUAUCUAGAGUUUGUCAAUGGAGCAUCUUUCAGUAAACAGAUCUCAACAACAUCCCCUCCAUACCCCCAGAAGGCAGUGUGUGCGGUUACUGGGUUGCCUGCACGGUAUCGUGACCCGAAGACUGGGCUUCCAUAUGCAACUAAAGAAGCAUUUAAGAUCAUUCGUCAACGAUUUGCUGAUGAAAGUAGCAGGGCUCGGGAGGAAAAGCAUAAUGAUGAGUUGUCUCAGGCGAUUUCUGGGCAAGGAUUUACCUUGAGACGAAAGAGGUCAACAAUUCAAAAUAGUAGACAAACGCCAUAUUCACGAGCAUUUGCUCGUUUCCGCAAGUUUCCUGCUGAUGACAUCAUUUCUGUAGAUUCAGAAUAGAUACUAUGUACACUCUAAUUGUCUUUAUUUCUAGUCUAAGUUUGUAGAAAUGCAGAGGUAGCUUGUUUUGAUAGAUUAGCUUGUAAAAUCACUCAAGAAAUUUGAAUGACCUUUAUAUGAAAAAUGGAGCACCUCGCAUGUAACCCA